GAUCCGAACUACUGGAUCCAGGUGCACCGCCUGGAGCAUGGAGACGGGGGGAUCCUGGACCAGGAUGACAUCCUCUGUGAUGUGGCCGAUGACAAGGACAGGCUGGUGGCAGUGUUUGACGAGCAGGAUCCACACCAUGGAGGAGAUGGCACCAGCGCCAGCUCCACGGGAACCCAGAGUCCGGAGAUAUUCAGCAGUGAGCUGGGCACCAGCGGUGUCUCGGCUUUUCAGCCCUACCAAGCCACGAGUGAAAUUGAGGUCACGCCUUCAGUCCUCCGGGCAAAUAUGCCUCUUCACGUCCGCCGCAGCAGCGACCCAGCUCUGACUGGCCUCUCCACGUCUGUCAGUGACAAUAACUUUUCCUCAGAGGAGCCCUCCCGGAAAAACCCCACCCGCUGGUCCACGACAGCUGGCUUUCUCAAGCAGAACACCGCUGGAAGUCCCAAGGCGCGUGACAGGAAGAAAGAUGAAAACUACAGGAGCCUCCCACGGGAUCCCAGCAGCUGGUCCAACCAGUUCCAGAGGGACAACGCCCGCUCCUCCCUGAGCGCCAGCCACCCAAUGGUAGACCGGUGGCUGGAGAAGCAAGAACAGGAUGAAGAAGGCACGGAAGAGGACAGCAGCCGCGUGGAGCCAGUUGGACAUGCUGACACUGGAUUGGAGAACAUGCCCAACUUCUCUCUCGAUGAUAUGGUAAAGCUCGUACAAGUCCCCAACGAUGGAGGACCUCUGGGGAUCCAUGUAGUGCCUUUCAGUGCUCGAGGCGGCAGAACACUGGGCUUGUUAGUAAAGCGGCUGGAGAAAGGUGGAAAAGCUGAGCAAGAGAACCUUUUCCAUGAGAAUGACUGCAUCGUGAGGAUUAAUGAUGGAGAUCUUCGGAACAGGAGAUUCGAGCAAGCACAACAUAUGUUCCGCCAAGCCAUGCGAACACGUGUCAUUUGGUUCCACGUGGUCCCUGCCGCGAACAAGGAGCAGUAUGAGCAGCUCUCGCAGCGCGAGCACAGCUAUUCCCCUAGCCGCUUCAGCCCUGACAGCCGCUGUGUGGACAGCAGGGGCGUGGCCGACAGCGCCCCCCACGCCGUGCCCAGGGCACCCAGACUGAGCCAUCCACCUGAGCAGCUGGAUGCUCACCCCCGACUACCUCACGGUGCUCAGGCCCCAACCAAACCACCCCCAGCCCCAGCCAUGGCACCCCAGAGCAUCCACGGUACCAACGUAGGCAGUGUGUACAACACCAAGAAAGUAGGCAAGAGACUGAACAUCCAGCUUAAGAAAGGUACAGAAGGACUGGGGUUCAGCAUCACCUCCCGAGAUGUCACGAUAGGUGGUUCAGCGCCCAUUUACGUCAAGAACAUCCUUCCUCGAGGGGCCGCCAUUCAGGAUGGCAGACUCAAGGCCGGAGACCGGCUAGUAGAGGUCAAUGGAGUCGAUUUAGCCGGCAAGUCUCAGGAGGAAGUCGUUUCCCUGUUGAGAAGCACCAAGAUGGAAGGGACCGUGAGCCUUCUGGUCUUUCGACAGGAAGAUGCUUUCCACCCCAGGGAGCUGAAUACUGAACCAAGCCAGAUGCAGAGUCCAAAAGAAACGAAAUCUGAGGAUGAGGACAUUGUUCUCACGCCCGACGGGACCAGGGAGUUCCUGACUUUCGAAGUCCCACUUAACGACUCGGGGUCCGCGGGGCUUGGUGUCAGUGUCAAAGGCAACCGUUCCAAGGAGAAUCAUGCAGAUCUGGGGAUCUUCGUCAAGUCCAUCAUUAAUGGCGGAGCUGCAUCUAAAGAUGGAAGGCUCCGGGUGAAUGACCAGCUGAUCGCGGUGAACGGAGAGUCUCUGCUGGGAAAGGCCAACCAGGAGGCUAUGGAGACCCUGCGGAGGUCCAUGUCCACCGAGGGCAACAGACGCGGCAUGAUCCAGCUCAUCGUGGCCAGGCGGGUCAGCAAGUGCAACGAGCUGCGGUCUCCGGGAAGCCCUGCUGCACCUGAGCUGCCCAUCGACACAGAGCUGGACGACAGGGAGCGCAGGAUCUCACACUCGCUCUACAGCGGGAUCGAGGGGCUGGACGAGUCGCCCGGCAGGAACGCCGCACUCAGCAGAAUAAUGGGUGAGUCAGGUAAAUGCCAGCUGUCGCCUACCGUGAACAUGCCACAUGAUGACUCUGUCAUGAUCGAGGAUGACAGGCUGCCCGUGCUCCCUCCACACCUCUCCGACCAGUCCUCUUCCAGCUCCCACGAUGACGUGGGCUUCGUGAUGACAGAGGCUGGCACGUGGGCCAAGGUUGCCAUCAGUGAUCCAGCUGACUGCUCUUUGAGUCCAGAUGUUGACCCGGUUCUUGCUUUUCAACGAGAAGGAUUUGGACGCCAGAGUAUGUCAGAAAAACGCACAAAGCAAUUUUCAGAUGCCACUCAAUUGGAUUUCGUUAAAACACGAAAAUCAAAAAGCAUGGAUUUAGGUAUAGCUGACGAGACUAAACUCAAUACAGUGGAUGACCAGAAAGCAGGCUCCCCCAGCAGAGACGUGGGACCGUCCCUGGGUCUGAAGAAGUCCAGCUCCCUGGAAAGCCUGCAGACUGCCGUCGCUGAGGUGACUCUCAACGGGAACAUCCCUUUCCACCGCCCGCGGCCGCGCAUCAUCCGAGGACGCGGCUGCAACGAGAGCUUCCGGGCAGCCAUCGACAAGUCCUACGACAAGCCCGCGGCGGACGAGGACGAUGAAGGCAUGGAGACCUUGGAAGAAGACACAGAGGAAAGCUCGAGAUCUGGAAGGGAGUCUGUGUCCACAUCCAGCGACCAACCUUCUUACUCCCUGGACAGACAGAUGAACGGAAACCCGGAGAAAAGGGACAAGACAGAUAGGAAGAAGGACAAACCUGGAAAAGAGAAGAAAAAAGACCGAGAGAAGGAGAAGGAUAAACUGAAAGCCAAGAAGGGAAUGCUGAAAGGCUUGGGGGACAUGUUCAGGUUUGGCAAACAUCGGAAAGACGACAAGAUGGAGAAAACGGGUCGAAUAAAGAUCCAGGAUUCCUUCACCUCAGAAGAGGACAGGGUGCGGAUGAAGGAGGAGCAGGAGAGGAUUCAAGCCAAAACUCGGGAAUUCCGGGAGCGGCAAGCUCGAGAGCGUGACUAUGCGGAAAUCCAGGAAUUCCAUCGGACGUUCGGCUGUGACGGAGAGUUGGUGUAUGGGGCCAUGCCAGCCUACGAAGGGUGCCUGGCUCUCGGUGCCAGGCCCCAGAGCCCAAGGGAAGGGCACCUGAUGGACACUCUGUAUGCACAAGUAAAGAAGCCGAGGAGCGCCAAGCCUGGGGACAGCAAUCGACCCACUCCUAGCGACCAUGACCGGAUACAGCGUCUACGACAAGAGUUCCAGCAGGCCAAACAGGAUGAGGAUGUGGAAGACCGGCGCCGCACCUACAGCUUUGAGCAGUCUUGGCCCAGCUCACGGCCAGCGUCGCAGAGUGGUCGGCACUCCGUGUCAGUGGAGGUCCAAGUGCAGCGGCAGCGGCAGGAGGAGCGGGAGAGCUUCCAGCAGGCCCAACGCCAGUACAGCUCACUGCCAAGACAAAGCAGGAAGAAUGCCAGCUCCGUAUCACAGGAUUCCUGGGAACAGAACUAUGCGCCUGGCGAAGGCUUCCAGAGUGCCAAGGAGAACCCCAGGUACUCCAGCUACCAGGGCUCAAGGAACGGCUAUCUAGGUGGGCAUGGCUUCAAUGCCAGGGUCAUGCUGGAGACGCAGGAGCUUCUCCGCCAGGAGCAGAGGCGGAAGGAGCAGCAGCUGAAGAAGCAGCCCCCGGCCGACGGAGUCCGGGGCCCCUUCCGGCAAGAUGUGCCUCCAUCGCCGUCCCAGGUGGCCAGGCUGAACAGACUGCAGACCCCCGAGAAGGGGCGGCCCUUCUACUCCUGAGCGCAAAGGAGGGUGGCAGCGCUUUGUGUCAUGCAAUAAAGGACGUUUUCCGGUAAAGACCGAGUUCCGGAGUUUUCAGAACCUUCGGUGGUACUACAGAACACCUCUGUCGCUGGUAUCAGUGCCUUUCAGCAGCAGGAGCAAAGAAACGGAAGGCCUUAAUGUCUUUGCCACUGCGUCUCAGUGUCUAUCUCGUGGAAGGGCAUCCCCACCCCCCCACCCCCAAUCCCAAGUGGAAGGCCUCACCCACCAGCUUCUCUGCAGUACCGGAGACUUCAGCUCUGUGCUUAAGAUGCCUGUGGAUGUCACAGCUUCAUCUUAGAGUGACCCGAGGCCGGUGUUGCGGACUCCUUUCCCCCUGGAUUCUCAGCUCGAGCGGUAGCUCAGCCUGAGAGUACAGCUUGCCCCAGGAAGGGCAGUGUGCACCGGGAAGGAGGGCUUUCCAGGACUCUGCCACAGGGGUGCCCCCUGUACUCGGACUUAGUCUGGGCUUCCCGUUCGUUCCUCAGUUCCUUGGAGCAUGAAGGCUCUGGGGUGGUAGUGAAGAAGCUGAGCCAUACGCCAGUGCCGUUUGGUUAUUGGGGGGAGAGGGUGUGUUUCCAACUGCCUUAUAACCCUGCUACCCACACCACAGUGAUUCUAGUCUGCGUUUAUAAAUACACAUGUUCAGUCAUGUUCGUGACACGUGGGAACCAGGGACACGGGGGCGGCCUGCAUGUGUGCACUCGAGGAGCUAAGGCGAGGCCAUCCUGUAGUUAUUUCACUUCAUUUGCAUUGUUACAGGCACAGAGUGGGACGAGGAAAAAACCAGUCCUGUUGGAUUCUGAAAAUUAAUCUCAGUACAGUUUUUGAGGUUGGAGUCAGUAUUGCCUCCCGUACCCCCACACUGUGCCCCUUCCUGGCGGGGCCUCAUUACUAAGUAAUUCUGCCGUGAAACAUAAAGACAAAUAAAAGCAGAGCCGUCCCAUUGCGAACAUUGUGACAUCCCAGAAGAGUACUGGGGGUCACACUUUUGUGCAUGGCUGUGUCACAAGGCCCUCUCCCGCUGUUUGCCUGUCGGGCUGAACAUCCUGUAUUGUAAACCAAGGCUGGGUGGCUAAAGUGCCUGCGAAUCUCGAUGUGAAAAAAAAAAAAAAAUCUUGAGAAAAACACUCAGAGACCCAUGUAUUAACAAAGAGAAAAAAAAAAAGAAAGAAAGAAGACAUGUAUUGAAAUGCCUAUUUUUUUUUACUGGCACAUUGUAUUUUGUGUAGACUCGUUUUUAGAAAAGACCGCAAAGUGUCCACAGGCCUGUGUCUCUGCCUACAUGGCUUUACCUGUUUUUGCCUUGCUUCAGUGGUUAAGUGGUGUUUCCAGUGUAAGUACGUGGUGACCUUGGACGGCUCACUCACAGCCGUCCUGAGCUGUGAGCGACCGCUGUCCCUGUACAUACAAGACUUUAAUAAAAGGCACAUUUCUUCCUGUUC